AAUUAUGAUUAUACUAAAUACAUUUUAUUUGCAAUAAACAUGAUUUGAGGCGUUAAAAGCGAGAAAAAGAAAAGGAUAUUCAUAUUGUUUCUGUGCCCUUUUUUUGGUACAAGGUGCAACCGUUUGAUUAAAAAAUGAUCCGAAAGUGUUAAGAUUAGAUCACUUUUUCCAUGUAAUUUGUAAAUUGUAUUCAGCUAGAUUUCAACGUAAUGUGACGGUAGACUCCUGGGGGCGGUACACAGCCUGCCGGCAACUGAGCCUGCAAGGCGCUGCUCAGGGUAUAACACUCUUUGAAUAAAUCUUUAGCUCCUCACCUACUUCCUGUUUCACCUCAGUUACUUUUUGAAGUUCGGAGCAACAGACGGAGAAUGAACCGACGCUGCAGAGUCACGCUGUCACAACUUAACUUUCGUCUAUGAAAUGGCGUUUUUGUCAGAAGAUAUUCGUGACCAGCCUGAGAUUAACUCAACGAGCUAGAAGCGAGUUUUGUUUUCUGCGGUAAAGAGAGAAAAAGAAGAGCUAUAAGAAGUGCAGCACCAUGCCAGAGGUGUCGAAGAUGAAGAAGCCCGACGCGAAGGUGGUUCUCCUGGGGGACAUGAACGUGGGGAAGACUUCGCUGCUCCACAGGUACACGGAGAGGAAGUUCAAAGACACUAUCAGCACCGUCGGAGGGGCGUUUUUCCUCAAACAGUGGGGACCUUACAACAUCUCAAUAUGGGACACUGCAGGUCGGGAGCAGUUCCACGGGUUGGGCUCCAUGUACUGUCGAGGUGCAGCUGCCAUCAUCCUCACUUACGAUGUUACCAACUGGCAGAGCCUAGCUGAGCUGGAGGAGCGCUUCCUGUCCCUGACUGACACUGCUAACCAUGACUGCAUUUACGCUUUAGUGGGCAACAAGGCUGAUCUCACAGACCCUGAAGCCCAGCGCUCCCGGGACUUAGAUGUGGUGUCUGAGGACCAGACUGAGUGUGAGGAGGAGAGGACAGAACCACAGGUGCUGUCUGCUUGCCCCACGCCCCCGGCCUCCCCUGCAUCCCUCUCUGGGGUCACGAUAAACAAACAGGUUACUCUUGAGGAUGCAGUGGGGCUUUACAGGAGAAUACUGCGCUACAAGGACCUAGAGGACAAAAGCAGCGUGCCUGCAGAGAAGAUGUGCUUCGAGACGAGCGCCAAGACGGGCUACAAUGUGGACGCUCUGUUUGAGGCGUUGUUUGAUCUGGUGCUGCCGUCCAUCCUGAGGAAGAGAAAUGAGAACCAGGAGUCUCCUACGGUGGACCUGGAGGACUGCAGGGGAGGCAGCAGCAAGAAGUCCAGAUCUGGCUGCUGCUAGCGGCUAGAGGCUGCUAACAGCAGAGACUCGUUUUUAACUAAGGACAAUCACCAAAAACAUACUAUAAUGGUACUACCUAUUGCCUUGACUGAGACCCAACAGCAUCAACGACCUCCCGCUAACACAAACACACAUCAUUGAUUCUGUGAAGACAAAAAAGCAGCUAGUGCUCUUCGCGUUUACCGACAUUUUAAGGAAGGGAACUAAAUGCAUGUAUGCUUUGAAACCUUCCACAUCAAAGACUGAAACACUUGUAUCCCAAAGAUGUGCCUGUGGUCAAAUAACACAAAAUAAGUCAAUCACUGCUGUUUGUUCAUGUUUUGCAUUGAGAAUGUAACAAGUUUAACAGCACUAACUGUAAGGCGGGCAGUUCAUUGCACUGUUUAUUCUUGCUGUAUUUUAAGGUAUUCACUCAUCACACUGCUUUUGUUUUCUUUCAUGCUCUGCUACUAGUGUCGAUACUGAUCUCUGUUUCAUCGGCACAUUUAGAACUUUUCAAUGAGUGUUGAAUGAAAGAAGUUAAACAAACCUGUCAUUUUUUUCAGUAUGCUGUUAUAAUAAAGAUUUUUAUUUUGCA